AUGAAGUCGGCCAACCCAGACAUGCAACACUUCCUCGGCAUCCCGUGGUGCGCGGCGCUCCUCAGCGAGUCGGGCAUUGUCCGCGACACGGCGCCGUCGCGGUUCCCGAAGCCAAGCACUGAGGACCAGCUCUUUUCGACGACGCUACACACAGAGGAGACGAUAGCCGCGUAUCUGGCUUUCUACAAGCGACCUUCUUCCCCGGCCUCCUCCUCCUUCUCCUCCUCCUCAUCGUCUUCAUCGUCUUCAUCAGCAACGAUACCAGGUAGCAGCGGCGGCGGCAACCUGAUCCGCGAGCUCAGAGCCCUCUUGACCCUCCGCUCCGGCGUCAACGGGUAUCCCAACGUGUCGCACGGGGGCAUCGUCGCGACGGUGCUCGACGAGACCAUCGGCAUGAUCUUUCUCAUCAACAAGGCCGAGGGGCUCAUCCCGGAGGAGGCCUACAUGACGGCAUACCUCAACGUGACGUACGUGCGUCCCGUGGCGACGCCGCAAACGGUGUUGUGCGUCGUCGAGGUCGUGAGUGUGAAGGGCAGGAAAUGGUUGAUCGAGGGGAGGAUCGAGGAUGAAGAAGGAAGGGUGCUGGCAAAGGCUGAGAGUCUCUUCGUCAGACUGAAAGAGAAGCUGUGA